AUGGCAACACUAAGCUUCUCCACCUCGUCCCCUCCUCGAAUCCUCCACCAUCAACAACCUAAACCAAUCCUCUUCCCUCCAGAUUUCACCUCCUCCAUCAAACACGUAUACACAAAACCCAUCUCUGUCUCAAACCGAUCUCAUGGCGGCGUCAUUAACGCCACCUCAGCAGCUCCCGACCCUUCUGGAUACUCAAACCCAUCAUCUUCUCCAGCUAAGAAGCUAAGGGAGAUUAUGAAAUCACCUGGUGUCCUUCAAGGUCCUUGCUGCUUCGAUGCUCUUAGUGCCAAACUCGUCGAACGAGCUGGGUUUCCUUACUGUAUCACCACUGGGUUCUCAGUUUCAGCAGCUAGGGUUGGUUUACCUGAUAAAGGACUCAUUUCUUAUGGAGAAAUGGUUGACCAAGGUCAACAGAUCACUGAGUCUGUAUCCAUUCCGGUGAUUGGAGACGGUUGCAAUGGGUUUGGUAACGCCGUGAAUGUUAAGAGAACAGUCAAGGGGUAUAUCAAAGCUGGUUUUGCUGGAAUUAUUAUCAACGAUCAGGUUUCUUGUAGUGGAGGUGAGAGAAGAGUGGUUUCUAGAGAGGAAGCAGUGAUGAGAGUUAAAGCUGCGGUUGAUGCGCGUAGAGAGUCUGGUUCAGACAUUGUCAUUGUAGCUCAGACUGGUUCUAGAGAAGUGAUGUCUCUGGAGGAAUCGUUUAGUAGGGCAAGAGCUUUUACAGAUGCAGGAGCUGAUGUUCUCUCUGUUGAUUCUCUCGUGUCUAGAGAAGAGAUGAAAUCAUUCUGUAAUGUCUAUCCACUAGUUCCUAAACUGGCUAAUAUGGUUGAAAGUGGUGGGAAAAAUCCGGUGAUGAACCCGCUUGAGGUGGAAGAGAUUGGAUUUAAGCUAGUUGCAUAUCCACUUUCAUUGAUUGGGGUAUCAAUUCAAGCAAUGCAGGACGCUCUAUUGGCGAUAAAGAGUGGUAGGAUUCCUCCACCAGGAAGCAUGCCGUCUUUAGAAGAAAUUGAAGAGAUUCUUGGCUAUGUCACAUACCGUGAGGAAGAGAAGCGGUAUGCUACAUCCUCCUCAUCAGAUAGAGGAUCUAGCAAUAGAAGCGUAUAUGGUAGCCAACAAGUGACGCAAGAUGAGUCAGAACAGAGAGUGGUGGAUCCGGUUGUUGAGGUAAUGAUACCUGAGGUGGUUUCUAAUGAAUCAAGAAACCCCUUUUCAAGAAUCUGGUCAAGGUCUCUGAGGAUCAAGAUCAUUGGACGUGAUGGCUUUGAGAAACUCGACGUCAGAAUCCCGGCUGGAUUUUUGGAAGGUGUCACCAACAUUGUCCCAGCUUUAGGAGGCGUGAACCUGAAGCAAUUGAUGGACGAUGCAGCUGAUGAAGUCGGAGGGAAACUUCUGUUGGACUUUAAAGAUACUGCUGGUGAUAGAAUCCAAGUCUUUUUGGAAUGA